AUGAGCUCCUCCUCUUCAUCUUCUUCGUCAUCAGCUCAGCCUCCUACUAAGCGGCAACGUGUGGCGGGAGGUGUAGACUCAGAGACUCUAGUGAUGUUCAGGGCUCUAGUUGGUAGUACUCCCACCGAGGAGAGGUUACAAGACUUGCUCAUCGCUGCGAAAGGGAACCUGGAGAAGGCUGUUGAUCUUUACUUCGCCCAGCGGCUCGGAAAGCAUCAGGCGACUAUCGGAACCGAAUCCUAG